AAGAAAACCUCCCACAGAAAACGAUCUGACAGAGUAAUAGCAGAAGAGAAGAAAAUCGAAAGAGUAAAAGCAGAAGAGAAGAGAUGGAUUUUAGUGUUCUGAAUGGAGCAUUGGCUUCCAAAUCCUUCGACAGGAUCGCUGAUAUAUGCGACAACCUCAUGCUUCAGGUAGCAGCGGAAGGCGUUGCUUUUCAAGACGAGUGGCCUUUCGCAAUUCAUCUUCUCGGCCACAUCUACGUCGAUGAUAUUAAUAGUGCAAGGUUUCUUUGGAAAUCAAUACCUGCAGCAAUCAAGGAGAGCCAACCGGAGUUGGUUGCAGCCUGGAAAAUAGGUCAGAAGCUGUGGACAAGGGACUAUGCUGGUGUCUAUGACGCAAUUCGUGGCUUUGAUUGGAGUCAAGAAACACAAGUUCUUGUUGCUUCUUUCUCAGAGCUUUACACUAAGAGGAUGUUUGGACUGCUGCUAUCUGCUUAUUCAACGAUAAGCAUCCAAGAUGCAGCUCAAUUUCUUGGAAUGAGUGAGGAUGAUGCCACAAAUUAUAUUCGAACAUUUGUGCUCCCUGUACAUGCAAAAUGUAUAAAUCUCGAGACUCUGAACAAGUUUGGCAAAGAUGCACUACGGCAAGGUUGGACAGUCGAUCCUGUUUCUCAAAUGCUAACUGUGAAGAAGCAGGCUAUUGUGAGAGAGCAAAAAUUAGAUCCUGGCAAAUUGCAGUGCCUGACGGAAUAUGUUUUCCACCUUGAACAUUAAAUCAUAUUUGUAACUUCUGAGCUUUCGAUUGCCUUGUUAUAUUGAAUUCUUUAAGAAGUUGAAACAAGUUAAUGCUUCUCAUAUUUUUCUAAAUUUUGGGGAGCUUCUUCAAACCUUCA